AUGGUGCCAUUCAAGAUUCAGCUCUGCAUUCCCCGAAUCGAGAAAGAGGAGAUCCAUGGGAUGGUCCCCGAGGGAGGGGGAGUGAACCGUGCCGCCCCAGAUCCAUGGCUGAUGAAUCUAGUGAGGGCAAUGAGAAAAUCGAUAAUCGGAUUAUCGGAGCACGGGACACAGGAUGAUUGUUGGGAGGCCGAGCAUCUAUCGGUGGCAGACGCAGAUUGCAGAUGGAGCCCUGCCAUGUCGCUGGGAGAGACUAGACUAGUGUGUCCCGAGGUGCUGGCCAGGCGGCCCGGUAAUGGAGUCGAGGGCAGCGUGCAUGCGCCUGAAAGAGCAACAGACACCGCGACUAGAGUUGCCGGUGCCAGGCGCAUCUUGCAGGAAAGGAAGUGCACUUUGGCUGCCAAAGUGAUUAGCAAGACGCCCCCAAAUCCAGCAGGCUGGGGCGUCAACCAGGGAGCGAACGCUAGUUCGAUUCCCAAGGCGGGAGAUCUAACCGCAAAGUGGAAGUCACAGAUCCAAUGGGAGGGCAGGAAGAGGAAGAUUGAGUCAAGAACCGUGGGUGUUCGGGCUGAAGAGAUGCCCAAUAAUGGAUUAAUUCGUCUGCAUGACGGGAGCUGUUCGCUCUGGCCAUUCGCGACCCACUCGGGAUGCGAUCUGAAGUACGAAACCGCGACGGGUUUAGCGGGAGCUGCACUCGGCGGCUGUCAUUCGAUGUCUUGGGGGAAGCCAGUGGGUCGGAGUGGGAUCCGCGCCCCGAUCUUGGGGAGACUCAGAAUGGAUGGAAUUCCAAAUUCCAAAUCAUGGCAUUAUUAG